GAGUUUGCAGUGGGCCGAACCGGGCGCACGCAGGGCGCGGCGGCAGAGUCACGGGCGCAGAUGAGGAAACUGAGGCCCAUCAAGUGAAGUGAUUUGUCCAUGGUCACACAGCCAGCGGAUCACUCUGGCUGCUGUGUUGACAAGGGACUGGGGGCAAGGGCAGAGCCAGGAAACCAGAAGAGGCAGCUGUACUAGUUCAGAUCUCCUGGGCACACGCCUUCUCACUGCUCAUGCCGCUGGGACUGGGGCGGCGGAAAAAGGCGCCCCCUCUGGUGGAAAAUGAGGAGGCUGAGCCAGGUCGUGGUGGGCUGGGCGUGGGAGAGCCAGGGCCCCUGGGUGGAGGUGGGGCAGGGGGUCCCCACAUGGGCCUGCCUCCCCCCCCCCCAGCCCUGCGGCCCCGCCUCGUAUUCCACACCCAGCUGGCCCACGGCAGCCCCACUGGCCGCAUCGAGGGCUUCACCAACGUUAAGGAGCUGUACAGCAAGAUUGCUGAGGCCUUCCGGCUGCCAGCUGCUGAGGUGAUGUUCUGCACUCUCAACACUCACAAAGUGGACAUGGACAAGCUUCUAGGCGGCCAGAUUGGGCUGGAGGAUUUCAUCUUUGCCCACGUCAAGGGGCAGCGCAAGGAAGUAGAGGUGUUCAAGUCAGAGGAGGCUCUGGGACUCACCAUCACAGACAAUGGGGCCGGCUAUGCCUUCAUCAAGCGCAUUAAAGAGGGCAGUGUGAUUGACCACAUCCAGCUCAUCAGUGUGGGUGAUAUGAUUGAGGCCAUCAAUGGGCAGAGCCUGCUGGGCUGCAGGCACUACGAGGUGGCCCGUCUGCUCAAGGAGCUACCCCGAGGCCGUACUUUCACUCUGAAGCUAACAGAGCCACGCAAGGCCUUUGACAUGAUCAGCAUGCGUUCAGGGGGUGGCCGCCCUGGCUCCGGCCCCCAGCUGGGCACUGGCCGAGGGACCCUUCGGCUUCGAUCCCGGGGCCCAGCCACUGUAGAGGACCUGCCCUCAGCUUUUGAGGAGAAGGCAAUCGAGAAGGUAGAUGACCUACUGGAGAGUUACAUGGGCAUCAGGGACACGGAGUUAGCGGCCACUAUGGUGGAGCUAGGAAAGGACAAAAGGAACCCAGAUGAGCUGGCCGAGGCCCUGGACGAGCGUCUUGGUGACUUCGCCUUCCCUGAUGAGUUCGUCUUUGAUGUCUGGGGUGCCAUUGGGGACGCCAAGGUUGGCCGCUACUAGGCUUCCCAUUGGACCUUGGGGUGACCUGAGCCCAGCCUGAUGGGAAUCCCCAGUUGGGAGGAGGGGACACCAUGGCCAGGACCUUAGUAUCCAGCUUGGGCCUCGCUCAGCAGCUGGAGGAUGAUGCAGAGUGGAGCAGAGGUGGGCCCCUGCCCCUCUCCAAUCGGUACCACCCCCUUCCCAGUUCUCAGCCCACCUGAGGUCCCCAGCAUGCCCCUGUCCUGUUCCCCACCUACCUCAGCAGGGUCAGGAGCUGAGAGGGGCCGGCCAGAAUGAGCCACCACCCCCACCCUCAACACUUUCCACAUCAGCUGCCAAACUGGCCCCUAUCCCUGGGGCCUUGGUUUCUGUUGGAGGGGGGGUGGUAACCUCCCUCAUUUCCUGAUGCAGGGAAUGUAGAAGGGGGGCAUCCCCCCUCAGCAAAUGCAAUAAUAUCCUCCCACCCCCACCUAGUGGAACCCCCACACUGUGGAGUCUGUUACCUCUGCAUUUGAAACACGAGUCUGCUGUGAACCCUCCAAAUUCCCUGUGGUUCCCCCAGCCCAGCCCUGGAUGGACUGGGUGGGGGUAGGAGGGUCGAAAGCAGUGGGCUUUUGUAUCUGAAUUUGCUGUCUUGAAUAUAAAGAAUCUAUCUGCUGUUG